CGUGAAACAUAUUUCUAGUGACGUACUGCGAGGCCAACCAAUCAAACGCCGCUGUCUAUUCGUGGUGCGCCUCAACCAGCCAAUAGGAGCGUCCCAGUGCAGCGCGAGUGUGAAAAGCGGUGAAAAAGUCAUCGGAUGCUGCUGCUUGACCGACUUUCCUCUGACGGAAGGGAAGCACGACAUCACACUAAACAGUUUGAGCGGUGAAAAAAGUUGAAUUGUCGCUUUUGAUGAACUCUUAUCCCGCUGCAAGAGGUCUUGUUAGGUGAGAGACAGACGUGUAGGUUGACAGGAGAGAAAGAGAGACCCCUCUGCAGCCUGGCCACCAGCCCACUCUCUCGUUCCCCAUGUAUCCAGAAUCGACCACAGACUCUCCCGCCCGCCUCUCUCUCAGACAGACAGGCUCCCCAGGCAUGCUCUACAGUGCGAGAUACGGGAGCCCCAAACGGCAGCUGCAGUUUUACAGAAACCUGGGGAAGUCGGGCCUGAGAGUCUCAUGUCUUGGAUUAGGAACAUGGGUGACAUUCGGAGGACAGAUCACAGAUGAGAUUGCAGAGCAGCUGAUGACUCUGGCGUACGAGAAUGGGAUCAAUCUGUUCGACACGGCAGAGGUCUACGCUGCAGGAAAGGCGGAGAUGGUGCUGGGCAACAUCAUAAAGAAGAAAGGAUGGAGACGCUCCAGCCUAGUCAUUACAACCAAAAUAUUUUGGGGUGGAAAAGCAGAGACUGAGAGAGGACUGUCAAGAAAACACAUUAUAGAAGGAUUGAAGGCAUCAUUGGAGAGACUGCAGUUAGAAUAUGUGGACGUAGUGUUUGCAAACAGACCAGACCCCAACACACCCAUGGAAGAGACUGUGCGAGCGAUGACCCAUGUGAUCAAUCAGGGAAUGGCGAUGUACUGGGGAACAUCACGCUGGAGUCCGAUGGAAAUCAUGGAAGCGUACUCUGUGGCCCGACAGUUCAACCAGAUCCCACCAAUCUGCGAACAGUCAGAGUAUCACAUGUUCCAGAGGGAGAAGGUGGAGGUGCAGCUUCCCGAGCUCUUCCAUAAGAUCGGUGUGGGUGCGAUGACAUGGUCCCCGCUGGCCUGUGGGAUAAUCUCAGGGAAAUACGACAGCGGGGUGCCAGCCUACUCUCGCGCCUCACUGAAGGGCUACCAGUGGUUGAAGGACAAGAUCUUGAGCGAGGAGGGCCGACGCCAGCAGGCGAAGCUGAAAGAGCUGCAGGCAAUCGCUGAGCGGCUGGGCUGCACGCUGCCACAGCUAGCCAUCGCAUGGUGCCUGAGAAAUGAAGGUGUGAGCUCUGUGCUCCUUGGAGCCUCCAGCACGGAUCAGCUCAUGGAGAAUAUAGGAGCAAUACAGGUUCUUCCAAAGUUAUCCUCCUCCAUCGUCCACGAGGUGGACAGUAUCCUGGGCAACAAACCCUACAGUAAAAAGGACUACCGCUCCUAGUGUGGGACCGGACGGGACCAGAUGCUCCACACCCACCUUUGCCUGAUCCUCCGUUCGCUUCAGCUUUUACUGAAUGAGUACCGGCCGCAUGAGACGGGCAAGCACCCACAAACCCUGGAGAGCAAGACUUUUAGAACACAAAGGGCAAGAAACGUGAAAAAAAAAAAAAAAAAAAAAAAAAAGACACAUCACUGACUGAGGGGUUGACAUUCAGGAUAGAGAGCAAUGCAUUGAAGAUAUGUGCUUAUGGAUUCUUCUGUAUGAGUGCUUUAAACCAGAUCAUUAGGGUAAUUCAGAACAGAAUGAAAAAUAAUAUGCUUAAAAAAAUGUUUUUUU